CGAUUAUAAUCGAAUUCUGUGGCAAAGAAGCCACUCUCGGUCUCCCAGAUUCUCUCUCUCUCUCGCAUGGAGAUUUCCGGCCACAGCUUUACUCCGAAUCCGAUCCCCAAGGCUAGGGUUUCGAGAGCUCGUUUUCUUCUAUUGAGAUGUCCUCAAGGUGUCCUCAUUCGGAAACGUCAACGGCGGAUUCUUUCCGGCGGAGUCAGAGUAUCUGUUUUCCGAGUAUUCGCAACUGCCAAAGCACCAAUGGCCCUCGAACAGCCAGGAGGAAAGAUGGUAAUGGAGCUUGUCGGAGCUUUCAACGAACUUACGGAGAGGAUUAAUGUGUUGUCCACCAGUUCCUCGCGUCUGCUAUUCAAGACCCUCAAGCUCUCUAUUCCUAUCUUGCAGUCUUUUCCUUUUGCUCCAGAUGGCCGCUCUCCGCUCUCUAAAGCACUGUCCGUUGCACUUGUUCUUGCUAACCUUCAGAUGGAUGCAGAAGUUAUUUCUGCUGGCAUACUGAGAGAAGUUCUGGAAGUUGGAGCUAUAUCCAUACAUGAAAUUAGAAAUCAGAUUGGUACUGGUACUGCUCAUCUGUUGCAUGAAAGCUUGCGGAUAAGGGAAAUCCCUUCAAAGGUGGAAAUUUUAGAUGAGGAUAGUGCCAGCGCACUAAGGAAGUUCUGCUUAACUUACUAUGAUAUUAGGGCUUUGAUUUUAAACCUUGCUUUGAAGCUUGAUAUGAUGAGACAUCUAAAUUACCUCCCAAGAUAUCAGCAACAGAUGCUAUCUCUUGAGGUUAUGAAGAUACAUGCACCAUUAGCUCAUGCAGUAGGUGCCACCACCUUAUCACUGGAACUAGAGGACCUUUCCUUCAGAUACUUAUUUCCAUAUUCAUACCUUUAUGUUGAUACAUGGUUGAGAAGCCAUGAAACAGGAAGUAAGCCUCUGAUAGAUAUGUACAAGGAACAGCUGCUUCAAUCCUUAAAAACUGAUCCUGUGUUAAAAGAAAUGGUGGAUGACAUCUCAAUUCGUGGUCGAUAUAAAAGCCGUUACAGCACUAUGAAGAAACUUCUAAAGGAUGGUCGCAAGCCAGAGGAAGUAAAUGAUGUUUUAGGUUUGCAGAUCAUUUUGAGUCCUAGAUCUGGAGAUAACAACUCAGAGAUGGGCGAGAAAGCAUGCUACAGGGCACGGGAAGUGGUGCAAUCUUUGUGGAAGGAACUUCCUCAUAGGACCAAAGAUUACAUUUCUAGGCCCAAAGCCAAUGGGUAUAGGAGUUUUCAUAUGGCAGUUGAUGUUAGUGAUAAUGGCAAGAGUAGACCACUAAUGGAAAUACAGAUACGCACCACCGAGAUGGACAUAUUGGCUGCUGAAGGAACUGCAUCUCAUUCAUUGUACAAAGGUGGCCUUACAAAUCCUGAAGAGGCAAAAAGGCUGAAGACCAUUAUGUUGGCUGCAGCUGAACUUGCAGCAUUCCGUCUCAGAGAUCUGCCUUCUGCAAGUCACAAAGGUCUUGAAAUUGACCAGAGAGACAGAAUAUUCCGCCUUCUUGAUAAGAAUGGAGAUGGUAGGAUUAGUAUGGAAGAACUUAAAGAAGUGAUGGAAGAGCUUGGAGCAGAAAGAGAGGAUGCUGAGGAGAUGAUGCGGCUGCUUGAUGCAAACAGUGAUGGUUCCUUGAGCUCUGAUGAAUUUGAUUUAUUUCAGAAGCAGGUCGAAUUUCUGCGUAGUUUGGAGGACAGAGAUGAUCAGUACAGAAGCAUGUUGGAUGACAAGCUAAAAGUAACUGACAGUGGCAGCUUGAUUCAGGUAUACCAUGACGAGCUUGGCAGUAAGAUAGCUUAGUAUCCAUUUACAGGUAAACUACUACGUGUACAAAGGGAUGCCCAAUGUCUGGGAACACUGUAUAUAUAAUUCCUUGUAUCUCAUCAACCAAUUAACACAAUGAAAUGUAAAGCUUUUAAUCAAAAAAAAAAAAAAUUCAUGUAAACUUUGGUGAACUGCAAUAACCUUUGCAGCUGUAGUGGAUUUACCAGCUCUUUA